AUGCUUGAGCCUUCGUCUGAGGCGUCUGAAGAAAGCCCGGGCACCAAGGAGACGUCUGAAGAAAGCCCGGGCACCAAGGAGACGUCUGAAGAAAGCCCGGGCACCAAGGAGACGUCUGAAGAAAGCCCAGGCACCAAGGAGACGUCUGAAGAAAGCCCGGGCACCGAGGAAGCCGAGCCGAAGAACCCGAAGCGCCGCUGCAGCCGCCGUCGCCGCUGCAGCCGCCGCCGCCGCCGCUGCAGCCGCCGCCGCCUCUCUGACGGCUUCGACAGCUUUGCCACCUAUUUCGGAAGGGUGCUGCAGCGGGUCCAGGAGGGCCUGAGCCUCUCGCAGGAGGCUGUGAACGUCAUGGAUUCGUUCGUGAAGGACAUCUUUGAGCGAAUCGCCGACGAGGCAGCGCGCCUGGUCCGCUCCAGCAAGCGCUCCACCCUCACCUCCAGAGACAUGCAGACCUCCGUGCGCCUGCUGCUGCCUGGGAAAAGGGGCAAGCACGCCAUAUCCAGCGCCACCAAGGCAGUAAUUCGGUACUUCACCGGCAAAUGA